GCCCAGCCCCGCGCGAAUGGAGGCGGCGGCAGGACGCUUGCCCGCGGACGCUGCCUGCCGCUGACUAGCCUGGGAUUUAUGGAGAGGCCCUUGGGGGGCAGCCCUGAGUACUGCCGCGCCCAGCAUCUGCGCCGUACCCGCUGCUGAGGCCCCCGCGCCUCCGGCCUCACCAUUGCCCUCGCCUGCCCAUGGCCCCUGCCGCCUGGCCCGGGGCUGGCUCUGCGGCCUGAGCCCACCGCCCCCCUCCAGGACUCGCUGUACCCCAAUGGGGUAACGUGACGGAGGCCCCGCGUCACCGCCGCCCGCUGUCCCCCUGCGGCCGCUGCCUGCCACCCCCACACCACGGCGGCCCCAUUGGUUCAGUUUCAAGUUUGUUCUUCCUCUAAUCCUUGAGGGUCUGGGGUCUUGGAGCAGAGGUGGCCCUCUAGCCGUCCACCAAUGCCGAGGGGGUGUCCCCGGCGACAGGCACAGUGCCGGCCGCGGCUUUGGCAGCCCGAUUCACUUUGGGCUUUUUAAAGUUUUCUUUGCUGAGUUUUUUUGGUGGUUGUUGUUUUUACUUUUGCCCCCUAGUAAUUCUCCAGCUCUGAGAGGCCGGAGCUUGGACUUGGCCCGCUUUACUUCUGGGGGCACUCUUUUGUUCUUUUUGUCUUGUAAAGGGUUGGGUUUUCUUUUUUUAAUCAUCCACCCGUGAUCCGGGCAGCAUCCUCCCCCCACCCAAGUAUUUGCACAAUAUUUGUGCGGGGUCUGGGGGGCAGGAUUUUUUUUUUUUUUUAAAGCAUUUCUCUCUCUCGGACAAGCGCAGGGAUCUCGUGCUCCUUGGGUUCUGGGGGGUGGUGGGCCCUUCUUGCGUUCACGUCCCCAGCCCCGUCUGCGGGCAGCAGCCAUGGCGCGGAUGAACCGGCCGGCCCCUGUGGAGGUCAGCUACAAGAACAUGCGCUUCCUCAUUACGCACAACCCCACCAACGCCACCCUCAGCAGCUUCAUCGAGGACCUGAAGAAGUACGGGGCCACCACUGUGGUGCGCGUGUGUGAGGUGACCUACGACAAGGCCCCGCUGGAGAAGGACGGCAUCACGGUUGUGGACUGGCCGUUUGAUGAUGGGGCGCCCCCACCCGGCAAAGUGGUGGAGGACUGGCUGAGCCUGCUGAAGAACAAGUUCUGUGAUGACCCUGGCAGCUGCGUGGCUGUGCAUUGCGUGGCCGGCCUGGGGCGGGCUCCAGUCCUCGUGGCGCUGGCCCUCAUCGAGAGUGGGAUGAAGUACGAGGACGCCAUCCAGUUCAUCCGACAGAAGCGGCGCGGCGCCAUCAACAGCAAACAGCUCACCUACCUGGAAAAGUACCGGCCGAAGCAGAGACUGCGGUUCAAGGACCCCCACGCGCACAAGACCAAGUGCUGCAUCAUGUAGCUCAGGACGCGGGCGCCUGGCCGCGGGCUCAGCAGGGCUCCUGCCACGGGGCUUCCCUCUGCCCUUUGCUCCCAGCCCCCCGGGCACACCCACCACCAGCCGUCCAGCCCGCCCCCCGCACCCUUUGUGGGUGUUUUCUGUCUCUGCCCACACCAGCAGGUGUGUGUGUGCGUGUGUGUGCGUGCACACGUGUGCAUGUGCGCGCACUGCCAUCUGGCCCAGCCUUCCUUCUGUCUCCAUGCCUGCGUGUCUGUCUGUCUGUCUCUGUGUCUGACGUGUCUCUCUGCCCUCAGCCCUCACUGUCCCUCUGAGGCUUAAUCCCCCCCAAUCCCCACCCGCCAUGUCCCUGGCUGUCCUGUAAUGACCUGCCCACACCGCCUCUGGGCAGCUCUCCUUCCUGGCCUGUUUGUUUGGGGGCUGGUGUAUUUUUUAACCACUGGGCCCAGCCCCUCGUCUGCGGCCCCUCACCCUGACCUGUUCUUGGCACCUUAAGUUAUUGGGUCUGGGGCAGUCAGGUGUUCCGGACACUCGAAGGCAAUAAAACCAGACCCUGUGA